ACUGAGUUUUUUUCUGGAUGCGCCCCGUUCACUGUGAGGUUUGUUUGUGUUGUUACUCCUCCCCGCCGCUGGGUGGCAGUAGCAGCGACAGCGGAGGCGUCACAGACUCCACAAACUCAGCGUCAUUCAGCAUUACAGCAUAUUAGUUCAGCUCUCGCACAACAAGUUGGCUGUCAGAUAUGGUUUGCAUUCCCUGCAUCGUGAUUCCUGUGCUGCUGUGGGUGUACAAGCGCUUCCUGGAGCCCAUCAUCUAUCCCUUCAUCUCUCCCUUCAUCAACCGCUUCUGGACCAAAGCAGCCGUGAAGGAGACGCCGCAGAAACACAGCGCUGAUGAAUGUAAUGGAAUGGUGAACGGAUCCACAGCCAACGGACCGAAGACGGUGGCCGAUAAAAAAGCUGACUGACAGAUCGCAUGCCUCUACAGUCUUCUUCUGAAUGAGAUUUAGUCAUGUAGAUAUAUUUAAAAUGUAAAUUCCAGCUUUAAAUGUACCUCUGCUAUAGUAACUAAUAUAUGAACACACACACCACUCCUGUCAGAAACAUUAAAUAUACUUUAAUAAUGUUUAAUAAAAAUUAAGGUAAUUGUUUUUAUCAUUCCAUGAUACAGCUGUGCUCAUUUUAUACUCCUACUCAGAUUGACUGCAAAAGUUCUGUGUAUAACUUACAAGAUAAAUGUUGAAUUAUUUUAA